CCUUUUGCAUAAGGAGGCGCUGGGCUUUUGUGCACUGGGCUGCUCGCCACCGCCUCCUCCUCCUCCUCCGGUGGGGCUGAGAUCCUGCAAGAGAUCUCUUUGCAGAGCCGGGAGGGGUGGGAUCUCCCUGCUACCAGGGGCAGGAUGCGAGCGGGCAGGCCAGAGAAGUUGCGGGAGGAACUCCGGAGCUGCGGGCGCGGCGCACUAAGGGAAUGCAUUUAGCCCACACCAACAUGGCUGCUUCUGCUUGGCGAACUGCAAACCGGGCGCUGCACCCCUUUGCAAAAAACAACAGCUGCAAUCCAGCGAGAAUCCAGCUGCAAUGGAGAUGUCAGUUGACCGCAACAGCACCUGUCCAGGUCCAAAAAACGAAGCCCCAGAUUCAACCGGAACAAAGGAAACCAAAAACAGGGAUCUUGAUGCUGAACAUGGGGGGUCCAGAAACUCUGGGAGAAGUCCACGAUUUCCUCCUUCGGCUGUUUCUUGACAGAGACUUGAUGACGCUUCCAGUCCAAAAUAAACUUGCACCCUUCAUUGCGAAGCGGCGCACUCCGAAAAUCCAGGAACAAUACAGUCAGAUUGGAGGAGGAUCGCCUAUCAAGAAAUGGACGGCGACGCAAGGAGAAGCCAUGGUGAAAUUGCUGGACGAAAUGGCUCCUCACUCUGCUCCUCACAAGUACUAUAUCGGUUUCCGUUACGUCCACCCUCUGACAGAAGAAGCGAUUGAGCUGAUGGAGGACGAGGGGAUCGAAAGGGCCAUUGCUUUCACACAGUAUCCGCAGUUCAGCUGCUCCACCACAGGGAGCAGUUUAAAUGCCAUCUACCGCUACUAUAACGCAAAAGGGACUAAGCCAAAGAUGAAGUGGAGCACUAUUGACCGAUGGCCGACGCAUCCCCUUCUCAUCCAGUGUUUUGCAGACCACAUCCAGAAAGAACUGGGUUUAUUCCCACCCGACAAGAGGAAAGACGUCGUGAUACUUUUCUCUGCUCACUCCCUACCCAUGUCUGUAGUUAAUCGAGGUGAUCCGUAUCCACAAGAGGUGGGAGCUACUGUCCAGAGAGUUAUGGAGAAGCUCAGCUAUUCCAACCCUUACAGGCUCGUGUGGCAGUCCAAGGUGGGCCCCAUGCCCUGGCUGGGUCCUCAGACCGAUGAGACCAUCAAAGGGCUCUGCGAAAGGGGGAAGAGGAACCUCCUGUUGGUUCCCAUAGCGUUUACCAGCGAUCACAUCGAAACGCUGUAUGAAUUGGACAUUGAGUACUCGCAGCAUCUAGCCAAUGAGUGUGGUGUUGAAAACAUCAGACGAGCAGAAUCUCUGAAUGGAAAUCCACUGUUUGCCAAGGCACUAGCAGAUUUAGUCUAUUCCCAUCUGCAGUCGAACGAAAUCUGCUCCAAGCAGUUAACCCUCAGCUGCCCGCUCUGUGUGAAUCCUGUCUGCCGAGAGACGAAAUCUUUCUUCACCAACCAAGAGCAAUGACGUGGGCGGAUGGAGAGGACGCCUUCGGGAUGAAGAAGCCCUGUGGAUUUUGGAAAAUCCAGCCUGUGUGCUCUUUCUUCGGUUUUUCUUUUGGGCUGUUCUGCAGACAACAGUUUUUUUUGUCUCUUGUGUGAAGUGGACCCUUGAUCCCGAGGGGUGGUUUACAUGGGGAUGCGAGAGGGACGAACGUGAAACUGGUUCUCUUUUCAGUUGAGGGAUCUCGUUUGGAAGGGAAGUUACUUUCAAGGGCUUCAUCCUGUAGGCGGCUAAGAUCACUCGGUUUCCCUCCGAAAUGAAUAGACAUGGCGGAGGGAGACAGGACUCUUAGCCGCUCGCAGUAUUGGUCCGAGCAGUGUCAUUUUCAGAACGGGAGGAACUGAAACGUGGUAGGUUGGUCGCCUCGGCAACUUAGUUCUGUUCAUUUAAUUGAUGCUUAUUUGGGGAUAAAUGGAUUUUGAUUUUGUGGGAGGGGUCUGUCCUCCAGCCUGGUUCUGAUCAGUCCGGAAAGACUACUCCACAAACUUUGGUUUGAGAUCUCUCAGAGCUCUUUAUGCACUUCUAAAGAAAUUUACAUCAAGCCUUCCAGGUAGGAUAUACUACUAUUUUUGAGGUCCUAUUUUUCGACCUCUGUAGCAAAUUCAUUAAUCAGCUGAUUGCCUUUACUGGUUUGUUUGUUUUUUUAAAAAAUGGCUUUUGAUGAA